UGUCCUGUUCCCUGCCUUCUCGUCACUCAUUAUGAGGGAAAAGUGCAGCGUGCAGACACACAUCGGGCUGUCUACACGACAACAACAAAAAAGUAGAGUCAAUGGAGAAGAAUCCAAAUGCAGAGUCACUCACAGAAGACAUUGCCUGCGUGUGCUUGCAGAGAAGUUCUUCUCUCAGACGUAAAUGGAGAAAACGUUAUGGAGGUCUGGAUGGAAACAAACUUCUGGAGCCUGAAGAAGACUUACUACAAGCCACAGAGGAGGCACACAAAGUGGACGAAAGCAAGUUGAGGAACGCUGACGACCAGGUUACGGCUCCACGACCAGCUUCCAGGAUUCUGACCCAGAACCACCCUCCGAGCCCAGUCCAAAGGCCCAUCAGUCUGGUCAGUCCUGGAGCCGCAGGUGCACCUGGAGCUUGGUGUCCUGUGGUUCCAGUGUCAGCCAAUGGCUCCUGCCUGAAGCCGCUCCCACCUCAGGCCUCGGUGCCACCAAAAGACAGGUGCCCCCAGGUGGCCCAAUCCUGGUGCCCUCCUCAGCAGACUCCAACCAAACGCAGAGUUGCGGCUGACGUGCUUUUCGACACAUUCGCGUGUGAUGGAAGAAUCAACACCAACCACUUCUUUGAGGCCGUCUGGAGUUCUGGUCUUCACCGGUCCGACUCGCGACUUCGAGACUGCAUGUCUCUCCUCAGGAAGCUUCAGGACGCUGAUGCUUGUGUGGACAGAAGCACCUUCCACAGGUGUGUGACAGGUGUGGUGUCUCUCCUGAUGAAAGCGCUCCAGGGAAGACUUGUCAUUCCGGACUUUUCCAGCUUUACCGAGGACACUCAGAAGUUGUUUUCCCGAUGUCGUCAGUUGUCGUGUUCUCAGAACAAAGACAACGUGGACGCAACAAAAUGGGCGGUGUCCGUGUGCACGGUGGACGGCCAGAGGCUGUCGCUCGGCGACUGGGCCACGCCCCUCCCACUGGGCGAGCUGUCAUGGCCGCUGGUGUACGGCGUGGCGGUGGAGCUGCUGGGCUCCCAGCUGGUCCACAGGUAUGUGGGCGUGGAGCCGUAUUGCACGCGGGAGUCGCCCUUCUCGCUAAGCAAAGCAGGAACCCCUUGCAGUCCGCUCACGGAGACCGGCGCCAUCGUCACCACCUCGUUGCUGCAGCUGCCGGGACGUUUGUGUGCUGACGAAGAGGAGAAGUACGACUCGGUGCUGAAUGUCAUCCAGAGGCUGUGUAACAAAGAGCACGCCAAUAUCAACUGUAGCAGGUGUGUGAACGCCAACAUUUUUCAGAGCGGCAAGAACGCCAACGUGCGACUUCAAGCACUCGCCUUCUACCUGGAGGAGAAGAAGUGCUCGCCAGAGAAGACUGACGUCAACGCCGCCUUGGACUUGCUGUUGCAGUGUUCCUCCACAGAGGUGACGUGCGAGUCCGGCGCAGCCAUGGCGGCGUCAUUGGCUAACGGCGGCCUGUGCCCGCUCUCAGGAGACCAGGUGCUGUCGCCGGCGACCACCCGCAGCGUUCUGUCCGUGAUGCAGGUGGCCGGGUUGAAGGAUUACUCCGCCGCCUUCCUCUACAAGGCGUCCAUACCGGCCGUGGCCAGCAUCCAUGGCGGCCUGCUGGCCGUCAUCCCCGGCGUGCUGGGCUUGAUGGCCUUCUCCCCAGAGUUGGACGUCUAUGGAAACCCAUGGAGGGCGGUCCACUUCUGCCAGGAGCUGGUGUCCACCUUUCAGCUCCACUCCUUCGACAUCAGGACACCUUUCCGCCAGGUUCUGGCCUACAGGCAGUGGAAGGCGGAGUCUGAGGGUUACCACAUCAUCAACGUCCUGCUCGCCGCUUUCAAAGGAGACGUCGGGGCACUGCGGCGCUACUUCCUGUCGGGAGUGGACGUCAACGCUGUCGACUACGAUGGCAGGUCGGCGCUGCAUUUGGCCGCUGCCGAAGGGCACACGGAGGUUAUUCGCUUUCUGCUGGAGAACGCAGGAGCCAACGCCACCCUCAAGGACAGGUGGGGGACCUCUCCGCUGCAGGAGGCCAGGAGACACAACAGAGACGGGGCGGCCCAGCUGCUGCAAGGAACCACGUGAUGCGUCCUCGUAAAGUACACGACCUCCGCCAAGGCACAACAAUACCAACUCAUUAGGAUCAGGAUCGAACCGAACAUCUGCAGUAAAAAGGACAUCUUGAACGUUGAACAUUCUCAGUAACCAACAGCAGGGGGCAGUGUCACAUCACUAAUUAGCACGUGGAUGUUGUUUUUUUUUAAAAAGGGGAAACUUUGUAUUUGGUCGAGUUGCCAAGACAAAUUUUUUUUUUAUCAACAUAAGUUUCCUGGGGAGGAAAUGUCGAAUUAGCUUGUGAGUCGACAAUAAAGUGUGUGUUUGUGAA